AUGGGAUCUGCUGCUGAAUCUGCGACCAUGACAACCCAUCGAAGUUUAGCUGAGAAGAAGCCUACUGUUGUUUUUGUGUUGGGUGGCCCGGGCAGCGGAAAGGGUACGCAAUGUGCAAAUAUUGUUGAGCACUUUGGUUAUACACAUCUUAGUGCAGGCGAUCUUCUUCGGGAAGAAAUCAAGUCUGGCUCUGAAAAUGGAACCAUGAUCCAGACGAUGAUUAAGGAGGGAAAGAUUGUGCCUUCAGAGGUUACAAUAAAGCUCCUCGAGAAAGCAAUACUGGGUAUUGACAACGAUAAAUUCCUAAUUGAUGGUUUCCCUAGGAAUGAAGAAAACCGGGCUGCUUUCGAAGCUGUUACAAAAAUCGAGCCAGAAUUAGUCCUCUUUUUUGAUUGCCCAGAAGAAGAGAUGGAGAGGCGGCUUUUGUGUAGGAACCAGGGAAGAGAAGAUGAUAACAUUGAAACGAUAAGGAAGCGGUUCAAGGUCUUUCUGGAUUCUAGUCUUCCGGUGGUUGAGUACUAUGCUGCCAAGGGCAAAGUUAAGAAGAUUGAUGCUUCCAAGCCGGUCCAAGAGGUUUUUGCGGCGGUUAAAACCAUUUUUACCCCAAAGGAUGAUAAGGCUGCUAAUAAUGUCAAAGAGUCUCACGGCAAGUAG